AGCAAGACAUAAUCGUCCUGGCGAGAAAAAAAGACGAAAAAACGGAGAUCGGUCGCGAAUGGAAAAAAAGCUAAAUACAGCGCAAUUGUAAAGUCUAUGUAUAGUCUAGAGAUAGAAGAGUCUUGAGUCUCUGCUUUCAAAGUGUGUGUAUAAAAAGUUCAUCUCGAGACUUUCGUGUAUUUUUCUACACGUGAGAAAUAUACGCGUGGAAAGUGGCAGGCGACGAAUAAAGCGAUCCAGCAGCGGUUGACUUCAAGAGGCGGUGUAUUUAAGAAGGUCCUUUGAACCUCACGUCAUCGUUUUAUGAAUAGAAAUUUACGUGACUCGACCGAGGUGUUACACGUGAAUCAAAUGUCAAACGAUAUGGAGGAUUCCACGCAAUUGAGCGAUUUGAGCGAUUUGAGCGAUUUGAGCUCCGAUCAGCAUCGACAGCUUCAUCACCGACAUCAUCAUCAUCACCAUCAUCAUCAUCAUCAUCAUCAUCAUCAUCAUCAUUAUCAUCAUCAUCGAGGUAGAAUGCCGGUGGGGGAGAUUGGUGACGACGAGUGCAGCACCGACAGUGGCAGCAGCAACGGCAGCAGCAACGGCAGCAGCGGCAGAGGCGGCGACGGUGGUGGCGGCGGUGGCGGUGGCGGUGGCGGCGGCGGCGGCGGCGACAGAAACGGUGGAGGCAGCGGAGGCGGUGGCGGAGGCGGCAACGGUGGUAGCAGCAGCAGCAGCAGCUGCUGCAGCAGCAGCGGCUGCAGCAGCGGCAGCAGCGGCAGCAGCGACAGCGGCAACAGCAGCAGCUGCAACAGUACCUGCGGAAGCGGCGACGGUCUCCCGCGACGAGGUAGUAGCGACGAACGAUUGUGCGGAUCCAGCGGAUCUCCGAAAACACAUUGCUACGCGGAGCGAUUGCGAGGACGACUGACGCGGUCGCAGGAGCGGCUGUUCGGCGCGUGUACUCGCACGAUCGUGCAAAGAUCGUCGUCGGAGCGCACCUGGAGUCCUCCUCUCCUGGAGGACACGAGGAGUCUGCCGGCGCCUCCUCGCGGUGGCGUCUCGCCACUCUCGUCCUACUCCUCGUCCAGCCCCUCGGACGCGCACAGCAGCAGCGACAGCGAGGCCUCCUUCAAGAGGCUCUCCACCGCGGCGACUCUACGACGAGCCUUUCAGAGCCUGAAGAUCACCUCGUCCAAGUGGGAGAGCAACAAGCAGGAAAAGAAGCACGCGAAGAAGAGUCCGAAGAGGAUCUUGCGCAGCCCAGUACCCUACAUAUAUGUCCGAGGACCGUCCGGUUUACCCACUCAAAGGAUUCCCCGAAACUCUGCUUUUCAGCAGCAAACGACACAGCCCUACUCCUGCCAGAAUCUGAUCGAUCUCUAUCGAUAGAUUGCCAAUUUCGCGACAUUAUACAUUUAAUAAUCGUGUACAUUUUCAUCAUAGCGCAGGACCAAGAUUUACUUUCUUCUCUCUGUCAGAGAAGAAACUAAAAAGAUGAGGAAAGAAAAGAUAAAAUCGUCGCGGACGUCGCGGCAGCCGCGUCAAACGUGUGUGCCGUGUCUCGUUGCGCGCUAAUAUAUAGUAUAUCUCGGAAUAUAUCUCGUCGACGACGAGAUAUAUUGUAAUAUUAUCUUUGUAAAGUUAUCAAUUAUCACGCGUUUAUUACAAAUCCAUCAUUUCCAGGCUCUUUCUGCACAUUUCUUCCUCUCAAUUUUUCCGAGUACUCCAGAAUACUACUUCUCUUUCAAGUAGUACGAGUCAAGCGUAACGCUGACUACUCAUCGCCGUCGUCGCUCGAAUCAGCGAGACGAACGAUCGGAAAAGAUUAAGUAACGAUUAACGUAUUAAAGCCGCGGAUGAUCUUAGAUUCCAGACGCAGAUAUUAUUUGCAUAUUAUCGAAUUAGUUGAGUAGUGAACGAAACAAAAUUAUGUGUGUGUGUGUGUGUGUGUGUGUGAACAUCGAUCUUGAGCUGAAUUAUUUUCUCAAUUAUUAAUUAUGAAUUGGAUUGUCGAGAUAGUAAGAUAAACUUUUAUGUAUUCAGAAUCAUCUGCACGAUAGUUUCCAACACUUUUGCAACAUCUUUGUACGAAAGACUUUGCCAUAUUGAUCGCGUUUAUGUAUAUAUAUAUAUAUAUAUUUAUUUAUUUAUUUCAAGUCAAAAUACUUGUUACGAUCUGUAACAUAUAUAGAAUUACAGUUAUAUUCGACUCAAUUAGACAUUUUUCUCCGACACUAUUCUCCGAAUAUUCUCUGAUUAAGAGCGUGCAAAAUAUUUAGAAUGUACGAAUAUGCAGACUGAUAGAUUUAAUGUAUAUUAAUUUACAUUGUCAUUGAAUUAUAAUAAACUCGUGUAAAAAUUUAUUUUCCAUUUGCUAUCUUUGUUGUAAUUUCUAUUGGUGAGAAUUUAAUAGAAAUAACUCUUUGAGGGGGAAGAAGACGAGAAAUUACGAUAUAAUAAUAAUAACAAUAAUAAUAAUAAUAUCACUAAAGGAUAUUAAAUUAUGUGAUAUACUGGAAAAACGCGAGUUACAAAAUGCAUUCCAAUAAGUCUCCAAGUCUUCAAAAUAAUAGGUUCAAAGUUAUAACGAGCGAGUUACGAAUGCAUUCUGGAAAAAAUGAAACAAUGAUAAAUAAUUAUUAACAAAUAAUAAAAAUAAUAAUUAAUUUCUCGUUUCUACUUGCUGUUUCUUCAUUCAUCAUUGUCGAUUAUGAUGACGACUCGUACUUUUAUCGGCACUAAGAGUCGCGAUUCGUUGGUCGCGCGAUAAAAGUCAAUUAUACCUAUAUCGAUGAAUAAAAUUAGUGUUUCAACAUUAUUUCCGGUCCAAAAAGAGGAUGAUGCCCUUAAUAAUUUAUACUGCGACAAUUGUGUAACAAUGUGUAUAAGAAAAGCAAAUUAUUCGCGUAAAAUCAUCUUCGUUGUGAAAACGCGCGCGCGCAAGAAAUCUUUUAUUUAUCUAAUAUAUUUCAAAUCACUAUUAAAAACUUCGCUAUAUUAUUUAUAUAGAAGAUAUAUAGAUGUAUUAUAAGAAUUGAUUAUUAUAAGAAUCGAUGGAUAUCGUAAAACAGUAAGCGAUACAUAUCACUAUUGACGUUUUCCAAACAUUCAUAGUUUUCAAGAUAUUAAUGAACAAAGUUGACUUUAGUCACAAUCGAAAGAAAUGGGGUGUGCGUUCAGCUUUUUCGAGAGAUCCCGAAUUAUUAUUAGAUAUAUUAAAUAAUCAUUUAUUUUAAGAUUGAUAAUUAUAUCAAUCUUAUUAAUUUUUACACUUAUUCCUAUUCCCACAUGUAUUAUUCACAUGUGUUUAGAUUUAUUUAAAUUAUUUCAAUUGCGAGUUCACCGAAAGUGUGUGUACGUGUGUGUGUGUGUGUGUGUGUGUGUGUGUGUGUAUUUGUGUGUACGACACAGAUCUACUUUCUUUUGAAUCUAUCGAAAAUUUAUAUCAAAGUUACAAUGUGAAAUAAGUAGCGAAUUAGUAUUAAUUACGAUUAUUUCUUUUCGCAAUGAUUGUUAUAUAAACGCAGCAAAAAGCUAAUCAGAGUAGUUAGCACACAAUCGCACUACGUAUAAUUUUUAUUGUUUAUCGAAGAAAAUCGUAUAUAACGUAUGUUUUCCGUGAGAAAAUUUUCAACAACUGACAAAGACUGACUAUCUCAAAAAACGAGAAUCGAAAAAUAAUGUAAAAUAUAAAAACAAAACAUUGAUUAGCAAAAAUUAGUGAUUUAUGAUAGAAAGAGUAUUACGACAAGGGGCGCCUUGAAAACUUGUGCAAACUUAUGUAUAAAGAAUGUCUGUGCGAUUCGUUUCUAGUGCCUUGUAGAUACUCCCAAGCGUGUCUGUACGAUUAGGUGUUUAUCAAUAGGCGAAAGUACGAGAGAAUUGGCAAGAACAAAAUCAUAUUCGCCACUAUUGCGGGUCGUCAUUAAAUAUAUGCAUACGUAAAUAUAAUGAUGUAAUCGCGCAGAAUGAACGUCGCGUCGUGCGAAAGUGCGUAGCGACAAAGAUCCGAUACUCAGGACUGAAUGUUUUAUAUUGUUUUGUCUAUGUCGAUAUUUGUUUCAAAUAAAAGUUUUUCAUUCUAAAA